CGGCUCUCAGUCGCUGCUACCCGCGCCCCGCCCUGCUUCGUCCUUGCUACGGUCGGUCUCUCCUCCCUGUGGCCCUAAGAGCUCUGAGAACUGCUCCCGUCUCCUAGUGCCCCGCAUCUCUCUACCCUCUGUGGGUCGGAUGAGCAGGAUGGAGGGCUGCCUGGGGGAGGAGUCUUUUCAGAUGUGGGAGCUCAACCGGCGCCUGGAGAUCUACCUGUCCCGGGUCAAGGCGCUAGAGGAGCAGAAUGAACUGCUGAGCGCAGAGCUCGGGGGUCUUCGGGCACAAUCUGCAGACGCCUCUUGGCGGGCCCGCGCCAAUGAUGAGCUGGCGGCCUUGCGGGCCCUCGUGGACCAGCGCUGGCGGGAGAAGCACGCGGCCGAAGUGGCGCGCGACAACCUGGCAGAAGAGUUGGAGGCGGUGGCGGGCCGGUGCCAGCAGCAGCGUCUGGCCCGUGAGCAGGCGGCGGACGAAGCAGCCCGCAGUCGGCGGGCGGUCGAGGCCGAGAAAUGCGCCCAGACCUGGCUGAGCACCCAGGCGGCUGAUCUGGAGCGCGAGGUGGAGGCCCUACGCGCGGCGCACGAGGAGGAGCGCGCCUGCCUGAACGCGCAGGCCGCCUGCUCCCCCCGCUGCCCCGCGCCGCCCCGCGGGCCCCCAGGGCCGGCCCCAGAGGUGGAGGAGCUGGCGCAGCGGCUGGGCGAGGCGUGGCGCGGGGCAGUGCGCGGCUACCAGGAGCGCGUGGCGCACAUGGAGACGUCGCUAGGUCAGGCCCGCGAGCGCCUGGGCCGCGCAGUGCAGGGAGCCCGUGAGGGUCGCUUGGAGCUGCAGCAGCUUCAGGCGGAGCGUGGUGGCCUCCAGGAACGCAGGGCUGCUCUGGAGCAGAGGCUGGAGGGCCGCUGGCAGGAGCGGCUUCGUGCCACUGAGAAGUUUCAGCUGGCGGUGGAGGCCCUGGAGCAGGAGAAACAGGGUCUGCAGAACCAGAUCGCCCAGGUCCUGGAAGGUCGGCAGCAGCUGGCACACCUCAAGAUGUCCCUCAGCCUGGAGGUGGCCACAUACAGGACCCUCCUGGAGGCUGAGAACACCCGGCUGCAGACAUCAGGCAGUGGUCCCAAGACUUCUCUUGGCUUCCAGGACCCAAAGCCAGAGCUGCAUUUUCCUGGGACCCCAGAAGGCCGACGCCUGGGACAUUUACUUCCGGUCCUUAGCCCAACCCCCCUCACCUCACCCUUGCCUGAUACCCUUAGGACACCUAUGCCAGCCCUUCCAAAGAGACAGGAAUUCCUCCAGGCUUGUACCCCUACCUUGGCCAGCACCCCCAUCUCGCCCACACCCCAGGCUCCCUGCCCUGCCACAGAUACACAGAUCAGAACCCGGGAGGCCCCUCUCACCCUUCUCCAGUCACAGGGUGGGAAGCAGCAGGCUCCAGAGCCCCUGUGGGCUGAAGCCAAGGUGGCCAUCCCUGCCAGUAUCCUUGCAGGACCAGAGGAGCCUGGGGGCAAGCAGCAAGAGGCCAGUCCAGGCCAGUCCCCUGAGGAUGAUGUCUCCUUGGCCCCACCCCCUAACCCUGAUCACCCUAGUUUAGAGGCCAAAGAUGGAGAGCCCAGUGGGUCUGGAAAGUCCAGCGUAUCCCAGGAGGAAGGUAAAGGGCAAACGUGGGGACUGACAGAGGAAGAAGCAACCAUAGAGGUGAAAGUAGGGAGCAGCUUACAGAAGGAAACGUGGCAAGAAGAGGGAGAUGUGGACAGGGAGGAAAUCCAGGAGCCCCAGAGUCUUUUGGAAAAAGAAACUCCGAAGUCUCUGGAAGAGGAGAUUCAAGAACCACUAAUGUCUCUGGAAAAACAGGGCCAUGAGACACUGAGAUCUCUAGAGAAGGAGAGUCAAGACUCUCUGGGGUCUUUGGAAGAAGAGAACUUAGAGACACCAAAAACUCUAGAAAAGGAGAAUCAAGAGCUAUUGAAAACUUUAGAAGAAAAAGGUCUGGAGGUAGUUAGAGCUGUAGAAAAAGAGACUCUAGAACUACUUACACCCGUAGAAAAAGAGGACCCACAGACAUUGCAAUCUCUAGAAAAGGAGAAUCAAGAACGCCUGAGAUCCCUUGAUGAUAACCUAGAGACAUUUUUAUUUCCAGGAAAGGAAAACCAAGAAUUAGUGAGGUCUCUAGAAGAGGGGAACUUAGAGUCCUUGAGAGGUCUAGAAAAGGAGAGUCAAGAACCACUGAGAUCUCAAGGAGUGGAGGAUGAGGAGGCACUGAGACAUCUAGCAAAAGAAAAUCAAGAACCACUGAGAUCUCAAGAAGUAGAGGACCAGGAGACAUUGAGACCUCUAGAAAAAGAGAAUGAGGAGCCCCUGAGGUCUCUAAAAAAUGAGAACCAGGAGACACUGAAACCUCUAGAGAAAGAGAAUCAAGAGUCACUAAAGUCUCUAGAAGAUGAGAAUCAGGAGGCCCUAGAAAAUAUGGAUCAGGAGCAACUGGGGUCUCAAGAAGAAGAGAACCAGAAAACAUUGAGCUCUCUUGAAAAAGAAACUCAAGAGCCAUUGGGGUCUCUAGGGGAAGAGGACCAGAAGACAUUGAAGCCUCUUGAAAAAGACAAUCAAGAGCUACUGGGGUCUCUAAAAGAAGACAGUGUAGAGGCAGUGAAAUCUUUAGAAAUAGGGAAUCUAGAAUCACUGAAGUCUGCAGAAGAAAAAGUCUUGGGAAUAUUAAAACUUCCAGAAACUCAAGAGCCACUCAGGUCCCUAGAAGAAAAGAAUCAGGAGACAACGAAUGCUCUGGAAAAGGAAAUUCAAGAACCACUGGGGUCUGUGGAAGAGACCCAGGAGAUAUUGAAACCCCUAGAAAAGGAGCAUCAAGAACCCCUGAGAUCUCUGGGAGAGUGGGACCUAGAAAAUUUGAAAUCUUCAGAAGAGGUGGAUAAGGAAAGUCAAAGAUAUCUAGAAGAGGAGGGGAACCUAGAGAAGGGAGAGAAUAAAGAUUCGCUGAGGUCUCUGGAAGAGGAGGGACAGGAGCUGCCGCUGUCUGCAAAUCAGCAGAGAUGGGAAGAAGUGGUAGUGGGGGACCAAGAGCUGAACCAGGACCCCCAACCUGGGAAGGAUGAAGUAGAAAAUGAGAAUGAAGCAGAGCUGGGCCUGAGGGAGCAAGAUGGCCUCCAUGGGAAGGAGGAGAUUGAAGGGCAGGUGGAGCUACGGCUGAAUGCUGCAGGGGAGACAUGGAACACAGGCUCAGGGCACCCAGGGAGCCCUGAGCCUGAAGAGCAGAGGAUCCCAGUUGAGGGAGCCGAGGGGGAAGGAGGUGCUGAGGGCCUCCAGGACCCUGAAGGGCAACCAGAUCACAUGGGGGCCCCAGGCCUCAGAGCUCCUCAGGGGAUGCCAGAGGUUGUGGCACCCAUGUUCAAAGAUGAGGAUGUGGCUCCAGGGGGUGAUCCCGCCUCCUUACAGGUUACCUUGGGGUCAGAGACAGCCAUGGGUGAGUCUGCUGUGGGAGCUGAGGAGAGACUGGAGCAGGAGGCGGUAAGGCUGGAGGACCCAGGCCCCCUGGCCAGAGAAGAAGUGACGAAGCCGCCCCUAGGGAAGGAAGAUUUGGAGGCAAAGAAAGUACAAGGCUUGGAAGAGCCCAGGAGGGACCUAAAGGAGGCAGAUGCUCUGGAAUCAGAGGUCUCCAAACUGCCCAGAGAGAGCACAGACCCCCAGAAGCCCGAAGAAUCUGAGGGCUGGGAGGAGUCUGAGUCUGAAGCAGCCUGGGGGACAGAGGAGGGGCUCCCUGCUGAUAUCCUGUGCCUUAAUGGAAUCAAUGCCUCUCAGCCUAGGCCAGAGGAGGAUACAAAACCAGUACUGGGGCCCGCCAGUCCAAGGCCCACUGAGCCCUGGGUGCCUACCUCACUCCCUGAAGAUGCCCCUGGGCCCCAGACUGAGGGGAACCAGGAGGCUAGUUGGGGGCUGGAAGGUAGUGCUGAGGGCCAAGGAAAGCUGGAGGGUGAGCAGGAGAUGGGUUCUGGGGGGAUCCCUGAGGGCCUCCAGGAGGAGGGGGAAGAGAGCGGAGAAGAGAGUGAGGCCGAUGAGCUAGGGGAGACCCUUCCCGACUCUACUCCCCUGGUCCUCUUCCCUGGGUCCUCAGCCUCCUCCAAGUGGGGCCCAGCUGAAGAGGAGAGGCCCUUCCCUCAGGGGGAGGCCAGACAGGAAAGCUGGGAUCCCACCCUCCAGUCCUCUGAGGGUCUUGAGGCCCAGCCCUCUGAAGAGGACAAUCGAGAUGAAGAGGAGGGGCACAGCCAUGAUUCUGACCUAUCUGAGGAGUUUGAGGACCUGGGAACAGAGGCCUCUCUUCUUCCUGGGGUCCCCGGGGAGGUGGCAGAACCCCUGAGACAGGUGCCCCAGGUGCUACUGGAGCCUGCAGCCUGGGAUCGAGAUGAGGAGUCUGACGGUUUUGCGGAUGAGGAAGAGAGUGGGGAGGAGGAAGACGAGGAAGAGGAGGGGAGGGGGCCAGGGGCUGGGCAGUGGGGAGCAGGGUCCUCUAUGGGCAGUCUGCAGACUCUAGGUGGCCUGCAGAGAGGGGAUCUCGUGGAAUCUGAGACUACGAGCGUCAGUGCUCCCAUGACUGCCCUGGAGACUAAGUCCCAGGACAGCGCUGAGCCUUCCUGCUCAGAGGAGGAGUCUGACUUGGUUCCCUUGGAGAGGGAGGACAAAGUCUCUGGCCCCUUGGAGACCCCCAGUGAGGUAGAGGACACAGGCCACCAGGGUGCAGGGGAAACCUUUGGUGUCAAUGGACAAGGUCCCAGCUGGGAGGAGGAGUCAGAGCACUUGAAUGGGGGGCUGGUGACUAGGCUGGAACAGCCUGAGGGAGGAGGGCAGGGGAAGCCGGGGGCCCCUGAGGGGGACCAAGGGAGCCCCUUAGAGGUGGAAGAGGGGGGUUCCCUGAAGGCCCCUUGGCCAGGGGUUCCUCUUCGCCUGGGCCAGGGCCAGUUUCUGCAGUUCACCCAGAAGGAAGGUGAUGGAGAUUCCUGGUCCUCGGGGGAAGACUAG